AUGUCUUUGAGUCAGAACCUCGGGCAGCAGGAGACAGGUGUCACAAGGGCAGGAAAUACAAGCUUCAGCCGAGCGACCCGUGAUCAUUACGACGAAGGCGCAUGGGCAAUGACGCUAUUCAACUCCAGCGCUCACGAGAUUAUCAUCAGUCCUGACCCCACUGAUCGUAAAAGACGAGAAGAUGAACCGGCGUUCAUUCGCCCGUCUCAGGAGAGCACGCAUCUGGGUGGAUUGGUGACGAUACUUCACUCGAUUCCCCUCGCAAGGGAGGCCCUUCUGCUGCGCAAUCGCGCUCUCCCCAACUACGGCCACGAUUCUCAAUGGUGGAAUGGACAGCCAAUCAAUCUUCCCAAAAUAGUGACUAUGUCCGAAGCCCAUGAAGGUGAUACUGAUUGGGACGAUAUUAUCUACGAGGCUCAGAGGCUCGUGGCAUUCUUGGAUACUACAACGCGUGCUUUUGGCAGUCCUGAUGCUCUGGCAAGUCUACAAUGUAUUUCCCAGCACGACCGCGAUAGUGCUGUUUCUAGGUUUUUGGAAGCAUGGCAAGAAGCGGCUGUCCGCGCGGACCAAGGAAACCAGCUGGGGACAAUAUUCUCCACAACUGGCUACAAUGGGCCAGAAGAAGACAUGAUGGAACAGAAGGAGUUUCACUUACUUGAACCCUUGGUUGAGCACGAUCCUGGUCAAACACUCUACGAUGUUCUUGAUCGUGCCUUUUGGUGCGACAGACCAGACCAGCCGCUCGAAGAAGUUUGGCUUGAAACUCUUGCUGAAGUACUUGUCAUGAAGCUGGAAAGCUCACAGAAGCCCAUUGAUGUGAUCGUUCCCCCCGUAUUUUAUGCCGACCGGUAUAUGGCGAACAGCAGAGAUGUCGCCCGCGAGUUCCGUACACGGCGACUUCAAGCUUACGAGAAGAUUGACAAGUUAGGCAAGGCCAUCAAGCGCUGCUCACAGUCCAACUUAACAGCCCAGACAGGAAUGACCUCCAGAGAUGUUCUCGAGAAGGCUGCCUCUGUCAUAACUUCCAAGUUUGCUGAUUCAGCACCAAGUGACAUGGACAUCGAAAACGUAGCAAAAGCAUUGAGGGUGGUUUCGGCCAGGAUAGAGAAGCAGCUUAGAGGCUUGGAGGACAAAAAGCAAAGAAUCAAAGACAGUCUGCGAGACUAUUCCAAAUCCCUUACAGAGGCUACACCUGAUGCCGGGCCACAUCAUAGAUACACUCUGCGAGGUGUUUGCACUGAGCCUCAUGUGACCUACGUCCUCAAACGUCGUGACCAGCGCGUGCCACCAAAUAAUGAGCCCCCAACGACGGAAGAGUAUCAGUGGUGGCGCUUCAGUUUCUCAACGGAAGAUGCAGCCAUUCGCAAAGCCGAGUCGCAGGGCCGAGUUAAAUGUGACUCUGACCAAACGGACAUCAUCGGUUACACCGCGCGCAGGGUUGAUGAGUCCGAGGUGCUUCGCGCAGCCCGCGAAGAGUCAAGCCAGGUUCUGCUUGUCUAUGCCAACACCAAUGCAAUUAGAAUGCAGGAAGAAACCGCUCCUGUUCAGCUGCAGAAAUUUGUAGCGAGGGACAACGAAACAUUCGAGUCAGAGCUCCAGGACGCGGAGAUGGCACACAUUCCACCGGACACGCAACAUCACACUAACACCCUUUGGCAGCCGUCACCGAACCCAGAGCAGCAGCAAUCGACGCAGAAUGUGAACGUCUUUGACUAUCAGGUACCCUCUUUCAGCGAGACACAGGGGCCGGGCCAAGAGAUGCAAGAGGUAAAUGGGCGACCUUUGCUUAGCCGUAGCAGCACAGCUGGUCCUGUGCAACCUACCUUAGAUGCCGAUAUGUGGGACGCGCGACGUGAAGACGAAGAACCACAACCUUUCACGUCAACAAUUCCUAUCGAUUCCCUCAUGGCCCUCGAAAACGACACGGUGGCUGGCGCCACUAUAGAGCUUCUGGAGACUCGUCUCCGACACCUCACAUACCUCCUCACCGGUGACGCCAACUGGACCGGCGAACCCACGCCGCCCGCAAAGCCGGCCUCUCUGGACGACAGCAUCUCACGUCGGCUCCUUCGCCUUGAGAAGGAUUUGGAACGACUGAGUCGGAACAUCCCUGCCGUGAGGGACGUUCUUAGUCUACACGAUCGCUUCCCCGAACUCUUUCGCCCAGCACCGCCAGGCUCCCUCCCAGAGAAUCUGACCACUCAAAAUCUCGCCUCGGUCGUUCUGUCCUAUGCCUCUGCGUUUCCCGAAACCGCCUCCCGCCUCUCCUCACUGAAUGACCUCCCCAUCCCCGACGCGGAGACCUCGGCCUCCUUGAUCCAACUCCAACCCCGACUCGACCAGCUAUCCAAGACCCAAGAGGAUCAGGCCCGGCAGAUCUCGGAGCUACGGGUCCGGUCGGCCAAGGCGCUGCAGCGAUGGUAUGAGGUUGCGCUGGUCAGUGGCGGGGAGUGCUGGGCGGAGUGGGAGGGGCGACUCGAGGAUGUGGAGAGGGAAGUGAGAAGGGAAGAGGUGGUUAGGGAGAGGAGGGAGAAGGAGCUGUGA